AUGGAGAGGCGGGGCGGCCACAGGAAGCGGCAAGCGGGACUGGAUCCGGGGCAGCUGCGGGCGCGGGCGGCACCGCCCCCGCCGCGGGAGGGCCGCGCGCGCCUCGGGGACGCGCUCCGGGGCGGCUCGGGGCGGCCGGCGGCUGCGGGGCCCUCGGGCGGCGCGGCGGAGAGCGGGGCCGGCCCCGAGCAUGGCUCCAUCCGGGCACCGCGCGGGGGGCGCGGCCCCAUCCGGGUCCCGGCGAUGCUGUCGGGGCGCGGCGGGCGGGGCUGGAGCGGGAGACGCGGAUCCCUGGCGGCCGGAGCGGGACGGCCCUGCCCGUCCCCGCGCGCCCGCAGCGGCCCGGCCGUCGCUCGGUGUCCCCGGUGCCUCCCCGGCCCAUCGCCCCGCGGCCCCCGGCGCUGCGGCAUCGCCCGGCCCCGCCCGGGCCGCAGCCUCGCAGGCAAGUGGCGCUUCCCGAGCUGUGGGGGAGCGGGAUGCGGGGUCCCUGGGCCGGCCCCGGGGGUGCGGGGGAAUGCGGAGAGGCCGGGGGGCAGCUCCGGAGAGCCCCGGGGCGUGAGGGGCCCGCGGGGCGUUCCCGGGCGGAUCUCCGGCGUUACGCGUCCUCCCCGUCACGCGUGUUUAUCGUCUUUAUGGAGACUGACAGCUGCCAUCGCAGCUCGCCGGGUAUCCGCUUUAGGUGCUUCGAUCUCCUAA